AUGGUAACCAGCCUGCAGCGGGUCGACGGUAAAUCACAGACUGAUGAUGAUGAUCGGCAGAGGAUCAAUAACCUGAUCGAUAAACACAAACACGUAUCUGAUCGAACUUCAACACAUCACGCUGAGGACAGGAAGUGGCCCAAACAGCUUCCUGAGCUUAACCGCGGCCUCGAGGCCCACAUCCCGCUGACGCACAGCCUCCGCCGCACCGUUUCCUGUGUUCCAGUAGGAACUCUUGUUUCCCGUGUUCAGGUAGGAACUCUUGUUUCCCGUGUUCAGGUAGGAACUAUUGUUUCCCGUGUUCAGGUAGGAACUCUUGUUUCCCGUGUUCAGGUAGGAACUAUUGUUUCCCGUGUUCAGGUAGGAACUCUUGUUUCCCGUGUUCUGGUAGGAACUCUUGUUUCCCGUGUUCAGGUAGGAACUCUUGUCUCCCGUGUUCGGGUAGGAACUCUUGUUUCCCGUGUUCGGGUAGGAACUCUUGUCUCCCGUGUUCGGGUAGGAACUCUUGUUUCCCGUGUUCGGGUAGGAACUCUUGUUUCCCGUGUUCGGGUAGGAACUCUUGUUUCCCGUGUUCGAGUAAGAACUCUUGUUUCCCGUGUUCGGGUAGGAACUCUUGUUUCCCGUGUUCGAGUAGGAACUCUUGUUUCCUGUGUUCGGGUAGGAACUCUUGUUUCCCGUGUUCAGGUAGGAACUCUUGUUUCCCGUGUUCAGGUAGGAACUCUUGUUUCCCGUGUUCGGUUAGGAACUCUUGUUUCCCGUGUUCGAGUAAGAACUCUUGUUUCCCGUGUUCGGGUAGGAACUCUUGUUUCCCGUGUUCAGGUAGGAACUCUUGUUUCCCGUGUUCGGGUAGGAACUCUUGUUUCCCGUGUUCGAGUAGGAACUCUUGUUUCCCGUGUUCGGGUAGGAACUCUUGUUUCCCGUGUUCGGGUAGGAACUAUUGUUUCCCGUGUUAGAGUAAGAACUCUUGUUUCCCGUGUUCGGGUAGGAACUCUUGUUUCCCGUGUUUGGGUAGGAACUCUUGUUUCCUGUGUUCGGGUAGGAACUCUUGUUUCCCGUGUUCGGUUAGGAACUCUUGUUUCCCGUGUUCGAGUAGGAACUCUUGUUUCCCGUGUUCGGGUAGGAACUCUUGUUUCCCGUGUUCGGGUAGGAACUAUUGUUUCCCGUGUUAGAGUAAGAACUCUUGUUUCCCGUGUUCGGGUAGGAACUCUUGUUUCCCGUGUUUGGGUAGGAACUCUUGUUUCCUGUGUUCGGGUAGGAACUCUUGUCUCCCGUGUUCGGGUAGGAACUCUUGUCUCCCGUGUUCGAGUAGGAACUCUUGUUUCCCGUGUUCGGGUAGGAACUCUUGUCUCCCGUGUUCGGGUAGGAACUCUUGUCUCCCGUGUUCGAGUAGGAACUCUUGUUUCCCGUGUUCGGGUAGGAACUCUUUUUUCCCGUGUUCGAGUAGGAACUCUUGUCUCCCGUGUUCGGGUAGGAACUCUUUUUUCCCGUGUUCGGGUAGGAACUCUUGUUUCCCGUGUUCGGGUAGGAACUCUUGUUUCCCGUGUUCGGGUAGGAACUAUUGUUUCUCGUGUUCGGGUAGGAACUCUUGUUUCCCGUGUUCGGGUAGGAACUCUUGUUUCCCGUGUUCGGGUAGGAACUCUUGUUUCCCGUGUUCAGGUAGGAACUCUUGUUUCCUGUGUUCGGGUAGGAACUCUUGUUUCCCGUGUUCAAGUAGGAACUCUUGUUUCCCGUGUUCGGGUAGGAACUAUUGUUUCCCGUGUUCGAGUAGGAACUAUUGUUUCUCGUGUUCGAGUAGGAACUAUUGUUUCUCGUGUUCGAGUAGGAACUCUUGUUUCUCGUGUUCGAGUAGGAACUCUUGUCUCCCGUGUUCGAGUAGGAACUCUUGUUUCCCGUGUUCGGGUAGGAACUGUUGUUUCCCGUGUUCGAGUAGGAACUAUUGUUUCUCGUGUUCGGGUAGGAACUCUUGUCUCCCGUGUUCGAGUAGGAACUCUUGUUUCCCGUGUUCGGGUAGGAACUGUUGUUUCCUGUGUUCGGUUAGGAACUCUUGUUUCCCGUGUUCGGGUAGGAACUCUUGUUUCUCGUGUUUGAGUAGGAACUAUUGUUUCUCGUGUUCGAGUAGGAACUAUUGUUUCUCGUGUUCGGGUAGGAACUCUUGUCUCCCGUGUUCGAGU